UCCCUGCAACAACUUAAGCUAUGUGCUGAAGACUGCCAGUGUGAGAGACAGACAGACAAACACAAGAAGAAUCUGUUCUACAGAGACACAAAAACAUAGAGGGAGUUGAAGAUAGAACCUCAUACUGAACUGAAUUGUGCCCAUUGCCAGCUAUGGUGCGGAGUGCUUGGAUUUCUUGAAUGGACUUUUGAAUGGGCGGUGUUUAUGUGUAUGGAUUCUGACUGAAGCUGAUUUAAAGAAAUGGAGAACGUCCUCGCCAAAGCUCUCUAUGACAACACGGCGGAGUGCUCGGAUGAGCUGGCAUUCCGGAAGGGCGACAUCCUCACGGUGAUGGACCAGAACGUGGCGGGCAGCGUCGGAUGGUGGAAGUGCUCCCUGCACGGGCGCCAGGGCCUGGCGCCGGCCAACCGGCUGCUCGUCCUCUCCCCCUCCCAGGCCGAGGCGCUCUACCCCCAGACCUCCAGGCAGGCGGACAUGCCCUGCUCCCUGCUGGGCUCCUCCCCGGUCAGGCACGCCCCCCAGGGCAUCUACCAGGUGCCGUCGGUGCCCAGGCAGUGUAACUCCAGCCCUGCGUAUGAGUGCAUGGAGCGCAUCUACGAGGUGCCCUCCUCCGCCCCUCGCCCCUCCUGCUGGAGCCCCGGGCCCUUGCCCCUCAGACAGAAGGGCAUAGGCUCACCCUCCACGGCCAGAAGCACAGCACCCAGUCCUACAGCGGAGGUGUAUGAUGUCCCCAGCCUGGUGCGAAAAGCAUCUCUCGUCAAUAAUCAGGCUCCAAAUCUGAUGACAAGGACACCUUCUCUGGUCUUCGACCUUGAGAAGCGCUAUGAGGUCAUGGACACCAAGAUGAGCAACAGCUGCAGCCAAAAUAAUGUGUACGCUGUGCCUCCAUCCAUAUCCCCGGAGCCCAACUACGACAUCCCUGUGCCCGCUACCACUGAUGCCCAACACCGACUGGCAGGCAGCUACAGCACUCUGCCCAUACCCCGCAAAUCGGAGUGGAUUUACGACGUGCCGGCAGCGACGGAGAAAUCUAGCAACUAUGGCACCAUGCCAGCCAAAGGGGCGAGGGCGCACGUUUGGCCUCCCAACAGCGCCAGCCCUGGCCCAGACACGUCCCUCUACGACAUCCCAAAACCCAGCUCCAACGCUCUGCAGGGCGAGGGAGGAACCAGCCCUACCGGCAUUUACGACAUCCCCCCUGGACAAAAGCAGACGGAGGGGCCUGAGGCUGCGCCUGUUUCCCAAGAGGCAUUGCUUUCCCGAGGUGCCGCGGCUUCACUCUGUCGAGCCGAGCCGUUCUCCGCCCGAGGCCACGUGCCGCUGGAGUGCCGGGCCAGUUGCGGCCCGACGUACGACCACCCGCGCGGCCGGCAGCCCCGCGGGCGCCUGGGCCUCAUGUCCCUGCUGGAGGAGGACGGCGGCGGCGGCGGGGAGCCGAGGCCCGGCAGCCGCUCGUCCCGCUCGUCGCGCUCGUCCACCGGCGACAGCCAGCGCAUCAGCACGGCGUCCACCUCCUCCACGGCCUCCAGCUCGUCCAGCAGCUCGUGCGACUCGCUGGCCCUCAGCUCGUCGUCGUCGUCGUCGCCGGAGCUGCUGCGCGAGGUGACGCUGGCGCAGGACGAGGUGUGCCGGCGGCUGACGGGGCUCCAGGACGAGGUGUGCGGCGCCGUGCCGCGCCUCAUGCUGUUCGUCAGCAGCCGGUGGCGCCGCCGCGAGCACCUGGCGCAGCACCUGCCGGCCGUGCGCGCCGCCGCCGAGGCCAUCGCCGGCGCCGUGGCGCGCUUCCUCGGCUUCGCGUCGGACGUGCGGGGCAACGCGCGGCGCCUCACCGACGCCAACCUCCACGCGCGGCUGCUCAAGCAGCUCUCCAUCGUGGAGGACUCGGGCCUCAUCCUGCAGCAGGCGGUGGAGGCCCUGGACAAGGUGGGCUGGAAGCUGGACACGCUGGCACAGGACCCGGGCCAGGCGCAGACCCCCGACCAGCUGGAGCGCUUCGUCAUGGUGGCGCGCACGGUGCCCGAGGACAUCAAGCGCCUGGUGUCCAUCCUCAAUGCCAACGGAAAGCUUCUGUUCCGACUGGCGCAGAAGGAGCCGGAGUCGCCACAAAAAAACACAGCGUUGCCAGAUUUGAAAAAGGACAAGAGCGACAGUGAACAGGCGGCAGACCCAGAUGAAGACGAUAACGAUUAUGUGCAGCUACAGAAGUUCGAGCAGAAACAGAAGAAAGUAUUGGUUAACAGAAAAUCCAACGAGAUUCCAAAUACUCCCAGGAGUCAGGCGCGCUCCUCCUCUUCCAGUUCUCAGAACGGUGAGAGGGAUGCUGCCCCCCCGCCCCCCACGGCGCCCAAACCGUUCCUCCGACAGGCGUCGCAGUCGGUGCUCUCGGAACACUGCCGCCUGUACUUCGGCGCGCUGCAGCGGGCCAUCAACGAGUUUGUGAGCAGCAUCCUGGCCGGCCAGCCCCCCGAGGCCUUCAUCUCCCACAGCAAGCUGGUGAUCAUGGUGGGCCAGAAACUGGUCAACACACUGUGCAAUGAGGCCCACCACCGGGACGCCAGCGGGAACAACAACAACACCACCACCUCCUCCUCCUCCUCCUCCUCCUCCUCCUCCUCCUCCUCCUCCGCCGCCAACAAUUGCACCACCACCACCACCGCCAACAACAGCCCCAGCAGGAGUGACCUGCUGCACAGGAGCAACCACCUGUGUGCCCUCCUGAAGCAGCUCGCCGUGGCCACCAAGAAGGCCGCCUUGCACUUCCCAGACCAGCUGGCGCUCCAGGAGGCUCAGACUUUUGCUAAGGAGCUGGCGCAACGGGCAAAGCAGUUCCGCCAGUCACUGGAGCAGAUGUAGCCUAGCCUGCACCUGGGUUUUAGUGAUGGACAGCACCAUGACACUUUUAAAUAUCUGAAAACAUUGAGACACAUUAAUUGAAAGACAAAAAAGUUACAAGUGAUUAUUAUUUUCACAUACAGAAAAUACUGUAUGUGCUGCAAAAGAGCAGGGAGGACAUUUUUGUGAGGUACAGCUCCAGACAGGGCCAUUCACCUUUUCCAGUGUAUAACCAAAGAUCCUUCAUUACUGACAAGAUAGAGCAACAUAAUGCAUCUCUAUGGAAGCACAAUUCAAACAGUUCCUGUCUGCUUAAAGAGGCGUGUCGCAAAGACGUCAUAGUGGGAUAUCGAUCUCUGUCAGGUUGGCAAGCAGUUGCAGUGCGAAUAACGUCAAUUUCUAGGUCUGCUUAAAGGGGGAUUUCGCCCCCCUCCCCUUUGCGAAAACAGAAUGCGGAAAUGGUCGAACAUUUGCGCCUCUCGCUCCGCUUUAACCCUCUCUAACAACUAUUUGGACACUUGGAUUUUUUCUGGUCCUGCAUUUGAGUGCAUAGCUAGCACUGGAACUCUAUAGGAAAGUGGCGUAUUGGCACAAAUAUGUUAGGCAGACUGCUAUCAUUUUCAUAAAAUCCCAAGACAGACAUCCGUCUCCCAUUAGCUUGUUUGAUCAUGAAAUGGACAUGAAAUAUCAUGACAAGUUUGGUCAUAUCUGCUGAAUCAUUAUUGUUAAAAAUUAGAGGCACUUUGUGUCAAAAUACAUUUCACUUGAUGUAUUUAGAUCUUGAGAAAUGUACAACUUUUAUGGAAUUAGUCAUUACAAUUAACAUUACGUACUGGUAGUAUUGUUUUAGGUCUUAUUGGUUUGUACAUCAUUUGUGUAAGUAAGAACCUAAGAGAAGUUUUUUUUUUUUUUUUAAAUGUGGUCACUGUUACUAGAAAUAAUCUGAAAAGUCUUCCCUAAGGUUUGAAAUCUUACUGAAAAGACAUUCCAUCUAAAUUUCUGAGUCCUGUAAAGCUCCACACAUUUCAUAUGAGAAAAUACAGGCGACAUGUGACACCAUGAAUGCAGGUAUUCUUUUCCAUUACAAUAUUUUCAUUGUAAUACUAAAUCCUCCAUUUUGGUGAAAAGUCCUGAAAAGCUGAAGUAACACUCUAUUUAUCGUAUUUGGAGAUGUCAGAAUCCUCCCCCACAGCACCACCAGUUGUGUGAGAAGCCUUAUCUGUUUUUUUUUGCUUCCUUUUAGGAAAUGUCCAUUUUAACAGUUCUCUCAAGCAGUCAGUUUUAGCAGUGUCAUGGUCAUCAACAAAUUUUUGCACUUUUGUUUUUGAGCCAAAUCUUAAGGUUAAUUUAGAAACAAUAGGCUAUACCUAUAUUGUUGAUAAUGCAAGUGUAAUUAUUUUUGUACAAUUGGGAGUUGAUGUACGUAUGUUUGAGGAGGUGAAUGUGUUCCGUUUAUUUUAUAUUAUUGACAUUAGGCUGUGUGUACAUAUUCAUUAUAGUUUCAUUAUUGUGCCAUAUAGACAUAUUAGUCAUGGGAAAGAAACCUUAAGUAUGUUAUUUGUUAUUGUGUAUUUAGUCUCUGUGGUUGUUUCUCUGUGUGUUUUCUUAUCAUAUAACAUUCUUAAUAAAAGUUUCAUU